AUGCGAUCCGCACAGAUACGGUUGCCGGUGCUCUUCACCGUCCUCUACCUGCACCAGUUGGCACAUUCCCUCGAAAACGGUCUCGCGUACAACACUACUCGUGGUUACAGUGUGACGAUUGGAGAUCUGUGCCAAUUAGGACAGCCAAGUCACCCAUACGCCGAUUCAGAAAAAUAUGUCGAUUGUGUCAAACAGGACGCAAACCGUGAAGACUGGCCAUGGGUAGACAAAGGGAAGUGGAUGCUACGAAAAUGCGACAGCGGUAAAAAGUUCAACACUGCGUUACGAGUGUGUCAGCCCGAAGCAGUUUUCAAGACCAAGAAGAAAUCUUAUGUAACUGCCCAGUACUAUGUGUCGUGCUCUCCUCAAGUUUCAUGUCCAUGCACGCAGACUAUAUGCAUAUGUCCUUACACGCAGAUCGUGCGGCUGUCACCUUGUAGUCAAGGAACUCAAUCUUGCGGCUAUUCCAGUCCCAUUUACAUGCCAAAUUCAUGCACCGGAAUUUUACCGUUCAACAACAUGAUUCCUCGAGCAGGCCAGAUGUGCAAUCCACUGUUUUCUCCAAUGGUGGCAAACCCAUACAACGUUAAUAGCUACUUUUACUGUAUUCCUUCGGCGAACAGCUGUGGAACUUGGACUCCAGGGUACUGCCCGCCGAAUUCCGUUUAUAAUAGUCUCAAUAACUUAUGCGGAUAUCCCAAUACUAACUACUACCAACGCCGCAACCCCUUCCAGAAAGUGCCGAGCAACAACUGUAGGCAGAACACGAUAUAUGGACAGUGUAACCGCAAAAACCAGUGCCCAGGAACCUCUUCUUGCACUCCGGUACAAACGCACUAUCCUGGAAGGCCAUAUCAGCGAAACGCCGGUUUCCCCGGAGCGAAUCAAGCACCGAACCGUCGACCUCAGCAACAGCCACACGGUGGUGGCCGCAUGAUCACGCGAUAUGUGUGCUGUUAUCCGUUGGAACGUGUACCGAAAAGAGGGUUCACUCUGCUUAUGUGA